AUGGGCCGCCGCUCGCAGAAGACGGCAGCAGCGGAGCAUAGAGAUAUAGCCCCAAACCGCACCCACGGAGACCACGCGGCCCGCCACCAGUACAAGGCCCAAUGCCUACACUCACCCAAACGAGCAAACAGGGGCUGCAGGGCCGAUGGACACACACCUGCAACCAUCCGAAGCUCCCACCGACUCCAUACCAACGACCAGACAAGAUUUAAAGGUCCUGUUGGUGGACUUUCAGAAAAUACUUUCUGCUGAACUAGCUCCAAUAAAAAACGAUAUGAGGGCCAUCACAGACCAGGUACAGGCCUCGAAGAGGGACAUCGCACAUGUCCAAACACAGAUGCAUGAACUCCAGUCCUCGGUUCAACAAGUCGGGUCCCAUUAAAGAGCCCUCUCCAC